CUGCACAUCUGGUUCCGGUUCCGCUCUCCUGGGGAAGUGAAAGUGGAGGGGAGGGCGCAGCCCGGAGUUUGCUAGCUGUGCCGCGGCGCCCUGCACCCCUCCUGCUCCCGCGGGCCCGGAGCCCGAGCACCCCCUCCCUCCGUUUGGGUCACGCGGCGGCCGGCGCUGCUGCCGUCACGUCCCCGGCCGCCUGCGCGCCCGCUCCUCUCUGCCCUCCUGCUCCUUCCUCGGCCUCCUCCCGCUCCGCGCGCCCUUUGCCCCAACGCGAACUUCCCGCCGCCCGGCUUGUGGGCGUCGGGGCCCGGAGUGGCGCCCCUGCCCCUUGCGUUCCCCAGGCAGAAAGGGCUGCCUUCUGCAGGACUCUUCCCUGGCUCGGUGAGGAGAGGCCCGGGUGCGCAGAUCCUGCCGAUGGGGGCCACUCGCCCCUCUGCCGGUCCCACCUCCUGGCUCCCGCCUGCUGCCUGGGGCACAGGGCAGAGGGCUCCCAUUCGUCCGCAGUGGACGAGGCACGGGGCUGUGUCCCAGAGCUAAAUCAGGAGGCUGACGCUGACUCCCGGCUUCACCUCGAAGACGUGGAGACUAAAUUUAGCUGGAGUUGGUGUGUGUAUGUGUGUGUGGCCAGAGGCCAGGUUAAGGAGAGCCAGCUUGGCUGCAUGAGAUUCCCUUGCCCCCUUUUCUCUGGGCAAGGGUGGGAGGUUAAGUAGGAUCGUACACUCUGGAUCCAGUCUGAGCCUCCUCUGCCUUGCUCCAGGUCCUUUAGUCUAAGGUUCCAACUUGGAAUGAUGCUGUGUUGGCACCUUCGACAGUUGCCCCCCCCCCCCCCCCCCAGCACCACACGCCCAUAGACUGACUUCCGCUGAGCUACAGCUUCCCUGCCACUGUUUCAGGAAGUCGCCUCCCUUCCCCUCUGAAGCAGCCCCCACGCCUCCGGUCCUCAGCUGCAAGCCACCCACCAAGCUCUUUCCCAGCUUCUGCACCCUUGGGCACCCCGGGACCCUUGGGGCUCCUACUCCCUGGGGUUGGGCCAUGGAGGCAGGUGAGAAGAGUUACUGAAGACCUGUUGUGAGCCUGUUUCCGUCUCUGGGCUCCAUGGAGGAGGGUUUGGGCUUGGCGGGGACUGUCUCCCACUGCUGCUUUGGACCUAACUGGAGAUACCUAAGGAUCCUGGAGGUUGGAGGGUACUGGGUUUUUUUGUCAGAUUCGUGGAGCUAGGUUAGGAAAAAAAGGACACGAGUCUGCUGAAAAGACAGUUAAAGCUUGGGUUUUGUGGAGUCCUCACAAAAACCUAGAGAUGCAGUGAGUGAGGGGGGGGCCAUGGCGGAGGAGCGGCCCCCCCGGCUGGUGGAUUACUUCGUGAUAGCUGGGCUUGCAGGGAACGGAGCACCCAUCCCUGAGGAAACGUGGGUUCCUGAACCCAGUGGGCCCCUUCGCCCACCCCGGCCAGCCGAGCCCAUCACAGAUGUGGCAGUCAUCGCUAGGGCCCUGGGCGAGGAGGUGCCCCAGGGCUACACAUGCAUCCAGGCUUCUGCAGGGGGCCACCCCUUGGAACUCAGUGCUGGGCUCCUGGGUGGAACUCAACCCGUCAUCUGCUACCGGAGGGGGCGUGACAAGCCUCCCCUCGUUGAGCUGGGGGUGUUGUAUGAGGGGAAGGAACGUCCCAAGCCUGGAUUCCAAGUGCUAGAUACGACACCCUACAGCCACUCAGCCAACCUGGCCCCUCCAGGCCCUGGGCACCCCCGUACCUACCUCACUUACCGGCGGGCAGCAGAGGGGGCAGGGCUGCAUGCCUUGGGCAUCACUGACCUCUGCCUGGUACUGCCCAGCAAGGGAGAGGGCACUCCUCAUACUUACUGCCGAUUGCCCCGCAACCUCAACCCUGGCAUGUGGGGCCCAGCAGUGUACCUGUGCUACAAGGUGGGCCUGGCCAAGGCCAACACGCUGGUGUAUGAAGCAGAGCUGCUGGGCCGCUACCCAGAGGAGGACAAUGAGGCGUUCCCGCUGCCCGAGUCAGUGCCCGUCUUCUGCCUGCCCAUGGGGGCCACUGUCGAGUGCUGGCCUGCCCAGACCAAGUACCCCGUGCCCGUCUUCUCCACCUUUGUGCUCACGGGUGCCGCUGGUGAUAAGGUGUACGGUGCUGCCUUGCAGUUCUACGAGGCGUUCCCGAGGACCAGGCUGUCGGAGCGGCAGGCGCGGGCCCUGGGCCUGCUGAGCGCUGUGGAGCGGGGCCGGGCACUGGGGGGCCGAGCUGUGCGCAGCCGCCGGGCCAUCGCUGUGCUGUCCCGCUGGCCCGCCUUCCCUGCCUUCCGCGCCUUCCUCACCUUCCUCUACCGCUACUCCGUCUCGGGCCCCCACCGCCUACCCCUGGAAGCGCACAUCUCCCACUUCAUUCACAAUGUCCCCUUCCCUUCCCCACAGAGACCCCGCAUCCUGGUGCAGAUGUCUCCCUAUGACAACCUGCUCCUCUGCCAGCCUGUAUCCUCACCCCUGCCCCUCAGUGGUGCCAGCUUCCUGCAGCUCCUGCAGAGCCUGGGCCCUGAGCUGGCUAUCACGCUGCUGCUGGCUGUGCUCACGGAGCACAAGCUGCUAGUCCACUCGCUGCGGCCGGACCUGCUCACCAGUGUCUGCGAGGCCCUCGUCUCUAUGAUCUUCCCGCUGCACUGGCAGUGCCCCUACAUUCCGCUGUGCCCGCUGGUGCUGGCAGACGUGCUGAGUGCCCCUGUGCCCUUCAUCGUGGGUAUCCACUCCAGUUACUUCGAUCUGCAUGACCCGCCUGCGGAUGUCAUCUGUGUUGAUCUUGAUACCAACACACUCUUCCAGACUGAGGAAAAGAAGCCCCUCUCCCCUCGGACCCUGCCCCGCAGACCCUACAAGGUUCUGCUGGCUACACUGACAAACCUGUACCAGCAGCUGGAUCAGACAUAUACUGGACCUGAGGAGGAGGCCUCCCUGGAAUUCCUGCUGACAGACUAUGAGGCCGUGUGCGGCCGCCGGGCCCGGCUGGAGCGCGAGGUCCAGGGAGCCUUCCUCCGCUUCAUGGCCUGCCUGCUCAAGGGCUACCGGGACUUCCUGCGCCCGCUCACCCAGGCCCCCUCUGAGGGGUCUCGCGACGUCGACAACCUCUUCUUCCUGCAGGGCUUCCUCAAGUCCCGGGAACGCUCCAGCCACAAGCUGUACUCCCAGCUGCUGCACACACAGAUGUUCUCACAGUUCAUCGAGGAAUGCUCUUUUGGCUCUGCUCGGCAUGCUGCCCUGGAAUUCUUUGACUCUUGUGUUGACAAGGUCCACCCAGAGCAGGAGAAGCCGGAGCCAACACCCUUGGUGGAGCUGGAGGAGCUGUCGGGAAGUGAGCUCACCGUCUUUAUCACACCUCCCGAGGAGCCGCCGGCACCAGAGGGCGGUGAAUCUACCCCCCAGUACUGCUAUGAUGGGUUCCCCGGACUACGGGCUGAGCUGUUUGAGUCUCCUCAAGAGCAGCCCGGGGCUCUGCCUGUGCCAGGUCCAUCCCGUAGUGCGCCCAGCAGUCCUGCCCCUCGCCGUACCAAACAGGAGAUGAAGAUUGCACAGCGGAUGGCGCAGAAGUCAGCAGCUGUGCCUGAACUGUGGGCCCGGUGCCUGCUGGGCCACUGCUACGGGCUGUGGUUCCUGUGUCUGCCUGCCUACGUGCGGGCUGCGCCCUCCCGGGUGCGGGCACUGCAAACAGCUUACCAGGUGCUGCGCCAGAUGGAGAGCCGCAAGGUGGUCCUGCCCGACGAGGUGUGCUACCGGGUGUUGAUGCAGCUCUGCUCGCACUACGGGCAGCCUGUGCUGUCUGUGCGGGUCAUGCUGGACAUGCGGCGGGCAGGCAUCGUGCCCAACACCAUCACCUACGGCUACUAUAACAAGGCUGUGCUGGAAAGCAAGUGGCCGUCUGGUACACCGGGUGGGCGUCUGCGCUGGGCCAAGCUCCGGAACGUGGUCCUGGGGGCUGCUCAGUUCCGCCAGCCCUUGAGAGAACGGCGGCAGCGGCGGCAGCGGCAGAAGCAGGAGGUGGAGGUAGAGACAGCAGCACAACGAGAGGCAGGCAGCUCCCAGACAGAGCCCUAUCUGGAGCGCCCCUCCCCUACCCGCCCCCUUCAGCGCCAGACUACCUGGGCUGGGCGAAGCCUGAGGGACUCCGCCUCACCUACGGGGCGCCUGGUGAAGAGUGGCAGCCUGGGUAGUGCCCGAGGGGCACAGCCCACUGUGGAGGCUGGCGUGGCCCACAUGAUAGAGGCCUUGGGGGUACUAGAACCCCGGGCAUCACCUGUGCCCUGGCAUGAUGGAAGCCUCUCAGACCUGAGCCUGACCGGGGAGGAGCUGGCACCUGGAGGCAGCCCAGGGGACUCAGGCUCAGCCCUGAGUACCCAGUCCUCUGAAACCCUGGAAGGGCCAAGUGGACAGGUGCCCAAGGCUGGUGGGCGUCAGGAUGAGGCCAGCACCCCCCGAAGAGGGCUGAGUGCCCGCCUCCAACAGCUGCUCACUCCUUCCCGCCGCUCCUCUGUCUCUCGUGUUCCCCUGCCUGAGCUGCCCCCUGACCUGCCUCCCCCAGCCCGCCGCAGCCCCAUGGACAGCCUCCUGCGCCCCCGGGAGCGCCCUGGAUCCACUGCAUCCGAGAGCUCAGCCUCUCUGGGCAGUGAGUGGGACCUCUCAGAAUCUUCUCUCAGCAGCGUGAGCCUUCGCCGUUCCUCAGAGCGCCUCAGUGACACCCCUGGAUCCUUCCAGUCACCUUCCCUGGAAAUUCUGCUGUCUAGCUGCUCCUUGUGCCGCGCCUGUGAUUCCCUGGUGUAUGAUGAGGAGAUCAUGGCUGGCUGGGCACCUGAUGACUCCAACCUCAACACAACCUGUCCCUUCUGCGCCUGCCCCUUUGUGCCCCUACUCAGUGUCCAGACCCUUGAUUCCCGACCCAGUGCCCCCAGCCCCAAGCCUGCCCCUGCUGGUGCCAGUGGCAGCAAAGAUGCUCCUGUCCCUGGGGGCCCAGGCCCUGUGCUCAGUGACCGCAGGCUCUGCCUCGCUAUGGAUGAGCCCCAGCUCUGCAACGGGCACAUGGGGGGUACCUCCCGGCGUGUCGAGAGUGGGGCGUGGGCAUAUCUGAGCCCCCUGGUGCUGCGUAAGGAACUGGAGUCGCUGGUAGAAAAUGAGGGCAGUGAGGUGCUGGCAUUGCCGGAGCUGCCUGCUUCCCACCCCAUCAUCUUUUGGAACCUUCUGUGGUAUUUCCAGCGGCUGCGCCUGCCCAGUAUUCUGCCAUGCCUGCUGCUGGCCUCCUGUAAUGGCCCCCCGCCUCCCCAGGCCCCAUCUCCUUGGAUAAUGCCUGAUCCAGCAUCUGUGCAGGUGCGGCUGCUGUGGGAUGUCCUGACCCCUGACCCCAAUAGCUGCCCACCGCUCUAUGUGCUCUGGAAGGUCCACAGCCAGAUCCCCCAACGGACGGUAUGGCCAGGCCCAGUACCUGCAUCCCUUAGCCUGGCAUUGCUGGAGUCGGUGGUGCGCCAUGUCGGUCUCCAUGAGGUGCACAAGGCUAUAGGGCUCCUGCUGGAAACUCUAGGGCCUCCUCCCACUGGCCUGCACCUGCAGAGGGGCAUCUACCGUGAGAUCUUAUUCCUGACAUUAGCUGCUAUGGGCAAGGAUCACGUGGACAUAGUGGCUUUCGACAAGAAGUACAAGUCUGCCUUUAACAAGCUGGCCAGCAGCAUGGGCAAGGAGGAGCUGAGACAGCGGCGGGCACAGAUGCCCACCCCAAAGGCCAUUGACUGCCGAAAAUGUUUUGGAGCACCUCUGGAAUGCUAGGGCCCCUUAAGCUUCCUUCUCCAGUCCGGGCUGAGGAGGUGAGGGAGAAAAGAUCCUAGACGUAACCCGCUUCCCUGUUCCUUUCAUAGAGGAGCUGGGAAUAGGCUGGGAAGCAUGCCCAGCUGUAGGCUCUGAGUGGGCAGCAGGAAGUGGGACCCACUGUUACCAAAAGUCACAAUUCCACUAUCUCCAACCUGCCCUCUAUGCUCAUGCUGAUGUUGGAGGAGGCCUGGGGGAGCUGGCACAUCUCUGUUCCGCCCCAUCCUAUACCAGGAACUCCCCUCCAGGGUACCCACAGACCUGCACUGCCCUGGUCAUUUUAUAAGUUUUUGUUUUAAAAAACAACAGGAAAGAUACAGAGCAACUGAGCCUUUGCCCCGAAUGGGAGGGAGGGAUGUCAUUCCCCACCAAUGAUGCUCCCUCUUCCCUAGAAUUGCUGAAGGAGCCCAAGGCUCUCCAUGCCUUUCUACCUUAGUGUUUGUAUUUUAUUUUAAGUUAUUUAUUCUGGAGCCACAGCCCCUUUGCUUAUAAGGUUCUUAUGGAUAGUGAGGAAAAAAAGGGAAAUGGGGCCCCAUGGUCCAGUGGUUUGUAGCUCCUUUAAAGUCAGGAGGUGGGAGCUAAAGGAGUCUCCAGCUCCCCUUAGGAAACAUUGGUGCCCCCUCCAGUCCUGAUCCUUCCUGUCCACUCCACCUUGGGGAAUGCUUCACCCACCCAGGGCCCUGACUGUGCAAUACGGAUUGUUCCUUGCAAAGUUUUGUUGGAUGUAAAUAUAGUAAAAGCUGCUUCUGUCUUUUUU